AUGGCCCGUGAAUGAUGUUUUAAAUAUCCAAAUGCCCCUUGGCAGAAAAAAGGUUCCCCACCCCUGCUCUAGAGGGUCCACUGUGGCUCGAUGGAGGGACCAUUGUGGUUCCAUUGUUACACUUUGGUGGCUCCAUAGUUUAGAUAUAUGGUAGAUUCACUGUGGUUCCAUAAUGGCUCCGUGAUAAUUCCAUGAUAGCUCUCUUUGGCCUCAUUGUGGUGGCUGGAUGAUGGCUCCCUAGCUGCUCCAUGGCGCUAUACAUGGGCCCCAUUGUGGCUCUAAUGUGGUUCCACUGUACUAUAUACGGGUUUCCAUGCGGCCACAUGGUGAUUAAUACGGGCCCCAUUUAUAGCUCUAAUGUGGUUCCACCGUGCUCUCUACGAGCUCCACGGUGGUUCCAAUGCUGCGGGUUCCACGUUGCUCCUUAUAGGAUCCACGAAGAUGAAUACUGCGCCGCUAACCCCCCUCGUUUUGCACAGAGGACCUGGCUGGCAAAGAAGAAGCAAAGCGGGCGGGGCAGGCAGUCGUUGCUGUGGAUGGUCAUCCACAGCGUGUGCGCCUUCCUCCUCGGGCUCAUCAUCGGCGUCUUCUUCUUCUACACGAUCACCUUCGACUUUGGCUACGACAUCACCACGUGCACCUACGUCACCGCCGUGGUCGUCUCCUUCAUGUCGCUGGGCAUGGCCUUCUCGUUGACGGUGCGCGCCGCCUUCAUCCUCAUGCUGCCCUACCUCUUCUCCAAGGAGGGCCGAAUCGUCGUCAUCUCCAUGGCCAUGCUCACGGUGGCCAGGGGCCCCGCGCAGAACAUCAAGAACAACUUCCAAGCGUUCGCCACCUCCAUGGCCUGCGGGGCCGAGAUGGCCACCAACCAGACCAAGGAGAUGAUCCGCAGGGCGGCCACGCCGCUCUUGGCGAUGAUCGACCAGAUCGAGACGGUGUCGGGCAAACUGAAAUCUCUGUCGAGCGAAGUGGGGAGAAUAUUCACGGCGAUCAAGGAGGGGGUCAUGUUCAUCUGGACGUCCAUCUGCAAUGCCGCCGACUGGCUGAUGAACGUCGGUGAAACUGCAACAGGAUCUUCGAAGACCCUUACGAGAAGUGCUUGGCCGGCUUGGACGACGGCUACAGGAAAUGCAAGGAGGAGCUGCACUGGAUCAUCAACUGGGUGUGCGGGAUCGUCAACAGCGUCAAGUGGGUGUGCGAGAUCGUCAAAGUGGGGAAGGUGUUUUGCCUCGUGCCUCAAAAACUUCAGAAUUUCAUCCAAGAGAAAGUGUCUGACUGUAAGUGCCAUUCACGCUUUUUACACGCACGCGUGCGCAGCCUCGUUCGGUGGCCAAUUUGUUCAAUCCCCGCGCCUGCCCAUCCGAGCGCUAUCCAGGCUCAACGCUGCUUGCCUCCGGGAUCUGACGAGAUGUGGCGCGCUCUGCUCUCCACGAAUUCUUUGCCGUUGUUUCUCGUGCCCUCUGGGGGCAGCGAUCGGGAGGAAGCUCGACGGGAUGAAGAAUCAGUUCGCCUUCAACUUGUCGGUGCACCACAAGCUCAGCGUGGACCGCGGGGGCUCCGCGUCGGCGCCGCAGAUCGCGCGCAGCAUCAUGGCCGAGGUGAACCGACGCACCGUGUACUUGGACCACGUCAUCGCGCUCUUCACCGACGUCGCCUUCGUCGCCAUCGUCUACCUCUUCGUAAGGUGCCUGUACUACCGACACAACUACCUGUACAGCGACGACUUCGACAACGUGUACAUCACGGAGCGGUUCGUGCGCGUCGACCUGAUCCGCACGCGCCUCGGCGAGGAGCCGCUGCUGCCGCUGAACCGCGGAGAAGCGUCGCGCUACAUCACGCCGCCCUCUGCGGGCUCUGCGCACGCGAAUCGCGCAGGGUCGCCGUACAUGUCGCUGGAGGAGAAGGAGAUCUUCGGCAGCAACUUCGUGGAGUGGCUCGGCUGCUUCUUCUACGCCGUCUUCUUCGUCUGCCUCGACCACGGCGUCUACGGCAUCCUGAGCACCGUCGCCGAGUUCCUCUCCGUCGAGGUGUUCGCCCAGGCCCCCAUGAAGAUGAAGCUGAAGGUGGAGGGCGACGGGAUCAUGGCCAACAUCUUCAGCGUGCUGGCGGAAGCCUUCGACACGCUGCAGGAUGGCCAGUUCCAGGUGAUCACCAAGAAGUGCGCGCCCAGCCCCAGCUACCUCCCCGUGGCAAGAAUCUUCCACAUCGGCGCCAUGUUCGGGCUGGCAUUAUUCGUGACCGUGUUCCAGGUGUACGGAAUGCGCCUACGCCGCCUCGUCUGCUCCAACUACUACCCCGUCAGGGAGCGAGAACGCAUCCUGUUCCUCUACAACAAGAUCUUGUGCCGCCGGCCCGGCCAGCUCAAGUCCAUGUGGAGGGCAAUCCGGAGGAACGCCAAGGACGGCAGUCACUCCGGCUUCCUGCUCAUCCUGGCCACACGCAUCACGUGCUUGAUGCCGAUCGUCAACCUCCUGGGCAUCUACGAGAAGCACUGCAUGGCGUGCGCGUGCCCGGCCACCAGGCACUCGGCCUCCUCCUUCAAGCACUGCGUCGUGCCCGGAUGCAUGGGCAAGUCGGGGUGCGGGCAACGACCUUCGAAAAUCCGACGGUGCGAUUGGACGCAAAAAUGUGCCUCCAAUCGCAGGCGUUCAACCAGGGUUUGCGCCUUCCCAUUAGUAGUACCCUGCCCAUUGCCGCUCGUUUAG